AUGCCCAAGGCAGAAGUCGGCAGCACAAAAUGGCUCUCCAACAACAUGAAGUCCAAGGGCCUGCAGCGCCUGCGCUGGUACUGUCAAGUCUGCCAGCGCCAAAUGCGCGAUGAGAACGGCUUCAAGCAACACACUCUUUCCGAAGGACACGUGCGCGCAAUGCUGCUGGUCGGCGAGGACCCCAAGAAAUACAUUGCCCAAUACUCGGAGACUUUCAAGAAGGACUUUUUGACGCUCCUCAGGACCUCGCAUGGAGAAAAAAAGGUCUAUGCCAACCACUUUUACCAGGAAUACAUUCACGACAAAGAACACAUCCACAUGAACUCGACCAAAUGGCCUAGUUUGACCGAGUUUGUCAAGUACCUUGGAAGAGAAGGUAUCUGCAGAGUUGAAGAGGGAGACAGAGGUUUGGAGAUUGCCUGGGUCGACGACAGUCCCGAAGCAUUGAGACGCAGAGAAAUGGUUCGCAAAAAGGAAGCUAUGGAAAAGGGCGACGAAGAGCGUGAGACACGCAUGCUCGAUGCUCAAAUUAAGCGUGCACAGGAAAAGAAGCGACAGCAAGAGGAGGAAGAUCGUCUCAACCACAAAGAUCAGGACGAAGAGGUCAAACCUAAGAAGGCUCAAGAAGGUCCUUUGUCGUUCAGUCUGGGUCUGGCAUCCAAGCCGGCAGCAUCGGACUCAACAGAAGCGGUUACUGACAAGAAGCCAUCGCCCACUGCAGAUCCAGCCGAAGUCAAAGCCGAGCCUAUUCUGGAGUUAAAGACUGGAGACGAGAAGCCUGCCGAGGCGCCUGUCGCACCCCCACCUGCACCCAAACUUUCUCUCGACCUUGGUUCCAAACCCAAGCGAGUCAACGUAUUUGCGGCUGCGUCCAAGUCCAAGUCCAACCCCCUCAAGGAGAAGAAGCCAGCUCAGGUGGUCGAAGAACCCAAGAAGAUGAGUGCCGCAGAGCGCAUCAUGAGGGAGGAGAUGGACAGAAAACGCAUGCGGGACGAGCGUCAAUCUGGCGGUGGUAAGCGACCUCGCCUCGGUUGA